AAUGGAUGUCCUGAUAAGUCAAGCUCAAUCAUUGAAGAAGCUGCAGCAGUCAAAGAAGUUAGAGAGAAACUGCACCAAGGUAAUUACGAAGAUAUAAUAAAUAUCAUCAUUUGUAAUUGUAAUGCAAAUCCAUUUGGUUUGAAUCAAAGGAUCAAAUUGAAAUCCAUGUUUGUUUGGUUUGGUUGACACUCAGAAAUAGAACAGAUGAAGGAGAGAUUUGCAAAACUGCUCCUGGGUGAAGAUAUGUCUGGUAAAGGAACUGGUGUUUCCUCUGCUUUGGCUCUGUCUAAUGCAUUUACAAAUUUAGCUGGUAAGUUCAGUUUUUUCUUUCACCUUCCUUCACACAUUGAUGAAAUAAAUAAUAAUAACAAAAUUAAGGGUUCAGUUUUCUUAUGUUUUAAUCCUAACAAUAUUGGAUGUACAAAUCAUAAUAAGAUUGCACUUAAGUCUUUUUUGGCCCCUGAGGAUGCAGCUGCUGUGUUUGGUGAACAAAAACGACUAGAACCAAUGCCACCAGAGAGAAAAGCAAGAUGGAGAAAAGAAAUUAACUGGCUUCUUUCUGUUACUGAUUACAUCGUUGAAAUGGUCCCAUCACAUCAAACAGCUGAUGAUGGCUCCCAAAUGGAGAUUAUGACGACGAGACAAAGAAUUGAUCUCCUCAUGAACGUACCUGCAUUGAGAAAACUUGAUGCUAUGCUUAUUGAUUGUCUGGACAAUUUUGAAGGCCCAAGUGAGUUCUACUAUGUAUCAAAAGAUUCAGAGGACUCGAAUGAAAACUCCAAGAGAAAAGAUGAUGAUAAGUGGUGGUUGCCAAUACCAAAGGUUCCCCCGGAAGGUCUAUCUGAAAACGCAAGAAAAUUUCUGCAGCAUCAGAAAGAUUGUGUCAACCAAGUUCUUAAAGCAGCCAUGGCCAUAAAUGCUCAAGUUCUAUCAGAAAUGGAGAUCCCAGAAAAUUACAUUGAAUCGCUUCCAAAGAAUGGGAGGGCGAGUCUAGGGGAUUCAAACUACAGAAGUAUUACAGUAGAAUAUUUUGAUCCUGAUCAGUUUCUGGUGACCAUGGACUUGUCAUCAGAGCAUAAAAUCUUAGACCUCAAGAACAGAAUAGAGGCAUCCAUAGUGAUUUGGAAGAGAAAAAUGAACCAGAAAGAUGGGAAAUCAGCCUGGGGUUCUGCUGUGAGUUUUGAAAAAAGAGAACUUUUUGAAGAGAGGGCAGAAAACAUCCUGCUUCUCUUGAAGCAGCGUUUUCCUGGCCUUCCUCAAUCUUCUUUAGAUAUCAGCAAAAUCCAGUACAACAGGGAUGUAGGGCAAGCAGUUCUUGAGAGCUAUUCAAGAAUACUAGAAAGUUUGGCAUUCACAGUUCUCUCAAGAAUAGAAGAUGUACUCCAUGCAGAUUAUCAAACUCAAAACCCAUCAAAGAAUGCGAGAAAAAGCGCACUAAGAGGCAUUCCUAAGUCACCGAGUCCGACUCCUAUCAAACAAGACUCGGAUAUGAGUGCAGAAGAAACAACUGUUUCAAUGACACUUUCAGAUUUCAUGGGUUGGGAAGGUGAUACAGGUGACUCAGACAUGAAGAAGGACCCUCAAGCUGUUACAGAUGACUUAUGCAAAGACACGGAUGGAAAAAUGCAGAAACUUCCCAACAUAGACACCAACAAGAAGGUGUCUUACCUUGAGAAUUUGGGUGGCAUGAGGAGCCCAACAUCACGCCAUUGAACUGAAAAACAGAAGAUGACGCCGAAGAUUGAACAUGAGAAUAGCUGAGUGACUUUUUUAAUCCUUGGUCUAUUCUUGCCUUUUGUAGAUAGGAUGAAUAUGCAGAAUCAGCCCUCACCUUAGAACCCU